CCGGACCGCCCCUUGCAUCCAUCACGCCCACGAUGGUGCGAGCUUCCCGUUGGUUUGGUGACUUGAUGCCCUAAGACCAUUUCUUACCUCGCCAAAGUCUCGUGCGACGACUCUCUCCUCGAGUCUUUCUCGUUCCAUUCCCGAUCCACACAAGGGGACUUUUGUCCCACGAGCCCCCCUCCCCCGUCAGCCCGCCGGCUCUCUCGUCAGAAUCCCAUGCUCGGCUUGAAUUACCAUCCUGAGCGGCUCGACAAACCGGCCUAGUCAGACUUCAUAUGAACUCAACGUCUGCCCUCCCCGGGGGGAAUCCUCCUCCCAUCUCUCUCUCUCUCUUUCUCUCCCUCUCUCUCUCACCCUGAAACUGCAUCUUUUUAAACCAACCUCAACCUAUGUCUGGGGUGCAACAUGGCGAUCGCCAAGAGCCAAGAUAGUGAUUCCGAGGCAGUUUCGCAGAUCAACAUGCCAUCCGACGGGGAGAAGGGCCAGGCAACGCCGCCCACAAGCGACGGCGAGCCGGCCCAAGAGGUUGCAGAAGAGCUGAUCAUGGACCAGGGCGUCGUCGCCUGGCUUCAGGUCCUCGGAAGCUGGAUCCUCUUCGCUAACACCUGGGGCCUCUCCAACUCGUUUGGCGUCUUCCAGGCCUACUACUCCAACGAGCUCCUCCCGGACACCAAUCCCUCGACCAUUGCGUGGAUUGGCUCCAUUCAGAUCUUCCUGAUGAUGCUUAUCGGCGUGUGUGCUGGCUGGCUCCUCGACGCGGGCUACCUCCGCUUCAUCCUUGUCUGCGGCACCACCAUGACGUCCCUGGGUCUCUUCAUGCUCAGCCUGUGCACGCAGUACUGGCAAAUUCUCCUCGCGCAAGCCUUCUGCGUCGGCAUGGGCAGCGGUCUGUUGGGACUGACGUGCGUUGCCGUGAUCCCGCUCUAUUUCCAGCGGAGGAGGAUGGUCGCUACGGGGAUCGCUGCUACGGGUAGCAGUUUGGCGGGCAUUGUGUAUCCCAUCAUGGAACGGCGGCUUAUCGCCUCCAUCGGGCUCCCUUGGGCCGUGAGGGUGUUUGCGUUCAUCGUGACAGGCAGUCUACUGGUCUGCAUUGCCAUCAUGCGCCUCCGGCCGAACCUCAAGCGCCGCGGUGCCUUCUUCCGCCUGAAGCACUUCCAGGACGUCCCCUAUGUGACCUUUUGCAUCGCCUUCGCAUUAAUGAUCGGCUCCGUCUACGUUCCCUUCUUUUACGUUGACGCCUAUGCCAUCCGCCUCGGCGUCGACCCGGACACGUCCUUCUACAUCCUCAGCGCCAUGAACGCCGCCAGCCUGUUUGGCCGCCUGGCCCCGAACUGGCUGGCUGACAAAUACGGCGGCAUGACCAUUAUGCUGCCCUGCUGCCUUGGCUCUGCCGUGGUUCUCUUCUUCUUCCGCUUCGCGCACAACCUGCCGGGCCUCGUCGCAAUCUCCAUCAUCUACGGCUUUGUCUCGGGCGGCAUGGUCUCGCUGCCGCCGGCGACGAUUGCGAACCUGACGGACGACCUGUCCGAGUACGGGACGAGGAUGGGCAUGGGGUACACGAUUGCGAGCAUCGGGGCGCUGAUCGGGAACCCCAUCGGCGGUGCGGCGCAGAAGCCGCGGGGGGACGGAAUGGCCGAGGUGCAGAGGGAGUUCCAGGGCACCUGGAUCUUUGCCGGAGGGUUCAUGCUCGCGGCCGUCAUGUCGAUGGUGGUGUCGAAGCGUUUACGUGUUGGAUCGGUCCUGAGGGGGAAGUGCUAGUUGCUCUGAGGCGGAUGCAUUCUCCAAGAAGACUCGUAUAUAUAGUACGUAUAAUCAAAGACUGUG